GCAAUCAACUAAUCAAUCGAAUGCGACAAAAACAAAAAUAAAUAUUAAUUUUCAAGUAACUGCUCGAUGGUAUUUUCUCUAAGGAUUAUUCUAAAAAAUUUCUGAACAUUGUUUAGAAAAACACCUAAUCUCUGUUUCCCUAAAUAUUUCAGACAUUUUAAUUUUUAGAUAAUUAUUUUUUAAUAUAACAUUUUACUAGUUCUUACUUUCUAUGUUUUCUUCAUUUAUUUAUUACAAAGUAACAUUCCUCUAUUGAGUGAAACUUACAACAUCAGAUGUGUCAGCAAUGAGGCAGAAUAUGAAAUUAUUAACAGUAAAACAAUCAUCAAAUUAUAUAUUUUAAAGUAUUAUCAAGGCCUCCUAGAAGAUGACUGAAGGAAGACAGCAACAAACUUCUAAACAACACCAAUUUAAAAAACUUGCUGAUGAAGACUUGGAAUUAUAUCAACUAGCACAGCUAUCUGGAAUUAUUAUAGAUCCUCAUGUGUUUCACAUUCUUUUAGAACUAUUGAGAUUGGAUGUCUGUCCGAUUGCUUUGUUUGAUGUUCUGCAAGAUAUGAGCAUGCAGUUUCAGAAGUCUUCAGUGAAAAAAAGUUCUGAUAGUAAGUCAUCCACCACUCACACUUCUUCUGGAAAAAAGAAACCACCUGUUGCCGCCAAACCGAAGAAAAUAAAAAAUUCCUAUACUGAGAGAGUUACCAGUGUCUCCACCAAUUUCAAAUCGUUUGUCAUUUUUGUCUCUCACAGUCUAAUGCAUAUACUCCUGGAUGCAGAAACUCUCCAGAACAACAGUUCCAUUUUAGUCGGACAUUCAGGAGAUGCUUUACCUCUGAAGACACUUUUCAUAGCAAGCUCUGUUUCACUUCCAUUGGUGCUGUAAAAUUUAAAGCUUACAGAAAAGUGAGUUCAGAUGAACUUAGUGUAAACUAUGAAAUUUCAAAUGCUGACAAAAAUACA